CAGACCACGUUCCUCCCAGAGGGCGAACUCCCAGAGUGUGCCCGCCUGGCAUAUGGGGCCGGGCGGGAGGACAUCCGGCCGGAGGAGAUCGCAGACCAGGAACUAGCAGAAGCAAUACAGAAAUCCGUAGAGGAAGCAGAACGUCAGAAGCCUUGAUGCAUGUAGUGUGUGUUUACUGCAGCUGGAAUGGGCCACAGACCAGAGAAUAGUGACAAAGAAACUACCUCACUGGAAAUGCCCUCAUUACCAGCUUCUGAUGGGUUUCAAAAUCCAGUCCAGUCUUCAGGACUAAAUUCCAAGAUCUCUAAUCCCACAAAUCAAUUACUUGAUCGUUCUGUCUCUGCCCCUGCUUCAGUUUGCUCAUCUGAAUCCAGCCUCACAGAGCCCAUUGAUCCUAGAGCCGUCAAGUCUUUGGAGUCUUCAACUGAAUGCCAGAUAACCCCAGAAGAAGAACAUCCUCUCUUAUCACAGCAUCUUUCCAGUAAUGCUUCCUUGGCAAAUAAUGACCCUUCUCCCCAGCCAGGGGAGGUGCCCUGUUGCAGUCCAGCUUGCUUUUCACAGAAGACACUCAAAGAAGCAUUUAUUGCUGACAGUCAAAAGGAAUGUAAAGCUGAAGAACAAGACCAUGGUCAGGAACGUCCUUUGGAAGUGACAAAAGCAAAUAGUUUGGUUGACACUGCUGCUGAACAUGGGCAAAAUAAAGAUGUAUGUCUGUCUUCAGAACAGGAGGGGAAGCAUGAGCUUCCCAUAGUCCAUCAGACACACAAAGAACCAGAGAAGGAACACCUGGAGGAGCAAGCUGAGACAACCAAUCCAGAACCUCCUUGCCGUGUUAGUGAGGUUGAGAAACCUGCUGUGGAAGAAGCCAGCCAGACAGAACACCCUCCUGUGGAAGUGAGAGGAGGUGGACUGGAGAAACCAGGUCUUUCCUGUGGGAAAGGGACUAUCCAAAUGUCAGCCUCCUUCAGCUGUACACAUACAGAAGCCUUAAUGGAAGUAGAUGUGGUUGAGCAGCCUGCAGCUGAGGCUCAGAGCUCAACAAGUGAGCAGCAGCAGCAGGCUGGGAACAGAAGUGGAUCCAACCUGAACUCGGAUGCCUUUUCCAUGGAAGUGGAGUCGCUGAAGUCUGCAUCCUCCUUGAGUGAUCCGCUUUCCAUUGGUGACGUUCCACAGUCUAAAAGCACUAGUGAGGUUCCUGCAAAGUAUACUGAGUUGUAUAACCGAUCGGUGGCUGAAGGCAGCUCUUCCCCUUCCAGCAUCCAUCCACUGGACAUGGAUCCAGGAAGAACUUCUGAAGAGCGAUGUUUCUCUCUUGCAUCAGCCCUGAAAGAGCUUCACAAACUCUUGGUUAUCAGUCGGAAAGGAGAAUGUAAAAUCCUUGCCUCUGAAGAAGUCUCUCAGCUGGAAAUGGCUCACACAGCACCAGCAGCACAGCAGAAGGGGCUUUCUGAAGAGAAGCAGAAAGGCUCAGAUCCAGAACUGAGUUGUUCCUCCUAUGAGGUGAGGUCUGAAGGUAGAAAAGCAGAGGGGAAACAGCCUUGUGAUUGUGGCAUCGAAAACAUCAGCGCUGGGUCUGGUGGUUGCAUACAGUCUGCUCUUGGAGAAGGGGCUUCUGAGGCUCAGAAGCUUUCAGGUAAGAGUGAUUUGGUCAUGGUGAAUUCUGCAGCGGCAUCUGACCAGCAGCAGAGCUCUGAGCAGGAGGAGGUUUUGGCAGGAGGUCAUCAGAGUCCAGCGAGUCCCACUUUGGAGCAGAAGACAUCAGUUUCCUCUGCACCCACUGUGGAUGAGGGUGCACCUCAAGAUACUCAGAACCUGUGCACAGGAGCACCCGGAAGGAGAAGCAGUUCUGCUCCAGAAGGUCCGUGCCUGGGUGGGUGUGAGGAACCAGUGCAGAACCCACCAGCUGCCUGUACUGGACUUGCCUUGGGAGCUCCUCCCCUCCCUGCCUUCCCUGCAGCUGAUGUUGAUCGGAUCCUUGGUGCUGGUUUUACCAUGCGGGAAGCUCUUGAGGCUUUGGAACAAGCAGAUGGAAACACGGAUCUUGCUCUUCUCAUCUUGCUGGCUAAGAGUAUCGUUGUUCCUACAUAACCACGGAAGAGGUAGCUGACUGGGGUGUCUUUUCUUUUACAGGACAUAUCCAAAUUACACACCAUGAUGUGCAAGCUGAAUGUGAGCCAGGUUUUAAUUCUUUGCAGCCAAAGUAACUUGUCUCUUCUGUUUUCACUCGUUAGAUUUGGCCUUUGAAAAGAACAAAAACGUCCUAGCUUUGUGUGGACAGAAUAGCUUUUAAUGAUGCAUACUGGAUAAAAAUUCCUGGUUUUGUUUCAAUGUACAAGUUUAGAAUAAGCUCCAAUGUUACGAAUAAAAAGCAGAAGCCA